GAGGUUGAAGGAAGAAUUUGAAUGUGGAGGAAUUUGAAUUGAACCGGGAUGGGAGCUCAGAAGAGCAUUCAUGCUGGCAAUGGUAAUAUACCCACUCACACACUCACGUUCAUCGAUUCUUUUUUCGUUGAUUGAUUACUGUAUCUGUCGAAUUUCUAAAAACCCAUCAUCAAGAUAAUGCAGAGAAUUUAUAUGAAACUGUGUUUCAACGAAUUUUUUCUUUACAUGUUUUGAUUGAAAUUCGUUGUUCUGCUUUCAUCCCUCUUCCAUUUAUCCUGCUGCGUAAUUUUAUUGUGAUGAAACUAUUGAUGUUUGAAUUGUUUGCAGCCAAGAUAGACUUCAAUGUUGAUUUUACGCACAAACUUUGUGCUGCCCUGAUGCUGCAUUCUGCAAGGAAUUCUGGAAGCCCUCUUUCGUUAAUAAUUGGAAGUCUUUGCAUAAAGCACCCAAAUUUAUUCGGGAAGAGUGAAAAGCUAGAUGUUCUGUGGGACAAAGGACUCUAUGAUUCCAAUAUAUUCAUAGCUUACAGGAAGCCUAAACCUGAAUGGCUUCCUCAACAAUCAUUUGUUGUACAGCACUCAGUUUCUCCUGAAAUUGGGGUUCAUGGUGUUCCUGUGGACAAUUUUUCGCGUUCAGGGAGUGGAGGAGUGAAUCUAUGUCGCCUUUCUGCUGGUUUAGAUUUGAGCGAGCCUGCAAGUUCCAAUUGGAGCAGCAAAACAAGUAUAAAGUUUGAGCAUGUUCGUCCAAUGAAUGAUGAAGGCUACAGUAUUAGUAGAGAUCCACAUGGGUUUCCCGUGACUUGCAGUGGCGGCUAUCAUGACAGUAUGGUGGUAAUAAAGCAGGAAUCACGAUUUGCAAAAGCCAAUGAACGAAGUUUCACAAGGUUUACUCUGCAAAUAGAGCAAGGCAUUCCUCUUCUUUCCAAGUGGCUGAUCUUCAACAGGUUCAAGUUCAAUGCGUCUAAGGGAGUCAGACUUGGGCCAGCGUUUCUGUUAACUAGCCUUACUGGCGGAUCUAUCGUGGGUGACAUUGCUCCCUAUCAAGCUUUUGCUAUUGGAGGACUUGGUAGUGUGCGUGGAUAUGGUGAAGGUGCUGUGGGGACUGGCAGGUCAUGUUUGGUGGCCAACAACGAACUCACUUUGCCUUUGAACCAGAUGCUUGAAGGUGCUGUAUUCCUUGACUGUGGAUCUGAUUUGGGUUCUGGUCGCCAUGUGCCUGGAAAUCCCUCUCUGAGGCAUGGUAAGCCUGGAAGUGGAAUGGGGCUUGGAUAUGGUCUUCGGUUCAAGUCGCCUGUCGGACACUUACAGGUUGAUUAUGCUGUCAAUGCACUGCAACAGAGAACUGCAAAUCUGGUUAAAGAUUAUGAUUGGACUUUGUCCAGAGAAAAUCUGCAGUAUACCCUCAUUGAAAUGAGAAGCCCCACUGUCGAUAUCGAGACAGGAACGAGAGCUUUCAGCUGGAAGAUUGUGGAAGUUGCAUAUGCGGGAACAGCAAUUUAG